UAAAGCCCUGGCUUCAGUUGCGGCAGUAACGGGCAACCUAUGCAACAAAAGCUGCUGCAGAGACGAGCGACUGUCCGACCGCUCCGCGGACACACACACGGAGCCAGCGGCUGACACGACCCGGCGAGGUACGACUGCAGGGCUUAAAAUUGCAGCGUGGACCACAUGGUCAACGUCUCGACAACGUUUAUGACGCUUCCAAGGCCUUUUGGUUGAUCAGCCAAUCGAUGGGGAUUUUCAGAAGAGCUCCGCCCACCUUUGCUACCUGCCUUCCUCCUCGUCCCCCCUCCCCUAGCGGCCUCUUCCUUGCCCCCACCCACUCCGUCGUCCAGCCCUCCAUCCAGCCCUCUUUAUACAAAAUGACUCUGGAACUUACUGAAUGGUCUUCUAUAUGGAUUUUUACAGCUUGUAAUAGACAGUAGGAAAAAGAGGGAGAAAUCUCAAUGACAAAAAAGCCAUAAACACGCACACGCACACACAACACACACACACACAAACUCCCUCUUGGAAUGAACCGCACACUCUUCCUGUGAAAAUUCAAUUGCUUCCAUUAUUUUUUCUGGAUUUCUACAAGCAUUUGGAAAGCUUCAUUUUUUUCCCCCCCAACUCUGGGACAAAACCAAAAGCCGAGUGGAGGAUUAACACUUGUUGAAUUUAGGCUGCAGUGUUUAGGGUCAAGUUGUUGUCAGGACAACUUGUUCAGAGUUGCUGAACGUUUUGUUAUCUUUACAUUAAUAUGCCAGAGCUAUAGAGCAGUUUUUCCUUCAUUUAUCUGAUGUCCAUAGCCUUGUUACGUUUUAGUAGACCCAAGAUUAAUUUAGUUCCUUUUUAAGACUGGGACACUGUCUGUUACACGUUUUUUGUUGUUUUCAUGAUAGUGGCCUUCCGUUUCUUUUGAACACCCCUAUCUGGUGAUUAUUAUUUUAAAGGAGUAACAUAUAAGCAAGUUACUACCACAGGUUGCAAUUUGUAGCUUGUAAAGAAUAAAAUUAGGUCAUUACCAGUUUUAAAGUGAGUGACUUGAUACGAGUAGUUUGGGAGGUAGUACCCUAUUGUUUUUUUCUUUGGUAGCUAAAGGGGAAGUGUCAGCGCGUCAGAGGGGGUGCAUUUGUUUUCUCACUGCGUGGAUGCCCUCCAACAUGCCUCCCCAGAACACAGAGGCCGACGCCAUGCAGGUCGGAGCUCUGGUGGGUGGGGUUAACGCCAAAAACACUGCGGCAUCGGGCUUGACCGAUGAGAAAGGAGGAGCGGGAGGCAAGACGAAUGGAUUGGGAGGCGGAGGUCGAGGAGCGGAGGAAUUGGCGAGCGAGGCAUCGCUCGAAGGCAUUCCCUUGAAGAGAUGGGUGAUGCACGGGGCCGUGAUGUUCGGCCGGGAGUUCUGUUACGCCAUGGAGACGGCGCUGGUGACGCCCGUGCUGCUGCAGAUAGGUCUUCCAGAGCAGUACUACAGUCUCACGUGGUUCCUCAGUCCGGUCCUCGGCCUCUUCUUCACUCCUCUGAUCGGCUCGGCCAGCGACCGCUGCACUCUGCGAUGGGGCCGGAGGAGGCCGUUCAUCCUGGCUCUCUGCGUGGGGACACUGAUAGGAGUGGCUCUGUUUCUGAAUGGAUCGCUGAUUGGUCUGUCGAUGGGUGACGAGCAGGGGAGACAGCCAAUAGGAAUUGUUCUUACUGUGUUGGGGGUCGUAGUGUUGGACUUUAGUGCAGACGCAACGGAGGGACCAAUCAGAGCGUACCUGCUAGACGUGGCGAACCCGGAGGAACAAAACAUGGCGCUCAACAUCCACGCUGCCUCAGCAGGGCUCGGUGGUGCGGUCGGCUACGCCCUCGGAGGUUUAGACUGGACGCACACCUUCCUGGGAGCAGCCUUCAAGUCCCAGGAGCAGAUCCUGUUCUUCUUCGCUGCCAUCCUCUUCUCCGUCUCCGUGGUGUUGCAUCUCUUCAGCAUUGAGGAGCAGCCCUAUUUGCCCCAACAAGACAGACUGGAUCAGGAGAGUCCGGAUCGCACCAAACUGCAAGCAUCCACCAACGGCAGGCCCGGACAUCUCAGCCCCAAGCUUGAAUUGAUUGGAGAGGAUGAAAGGAUAGACAGCUACGACCUCUAUGACCCCUAUGGAGACAACCUGUCUGAGCAUGGGGAUAUGGACAUGGACUUCCGAGAGAUGGAGCUUGUGAGAAGUAAAAGUGACAGUGUUCUCGCCAUGGCAGACGCCACUCUCGACCACCUGGACCACGAUGCGUUGUACCUGUGCCACUUAGAGCCGUCCAUCUUUGCCGACCGCCUCUCACCCUAUCACGACUCGUCUCCUGCGCACGCUAACUGCUUCGACCCGAACCGCAGCACUCCGCCGAUCCGGUUCGACGACGUCCGACGCAGCAGCAGUGCAGGAAGCCAGGACCGGCUCCGGUCCGACAAUCACCAAACACAAAGCACCAGUCCCAGAAUAUCCCGCCAGCUCAAUGAGCAGCGGAUACUGAACGGGCGGCUGUUAGCCGGUGCGACGGACACCGACAGCGACCAGCUGAGCUCCAAGGGACAGGCACAUCGUGCUGGGAUGGUCAAAGCUGCCAGUACUGGAGCCCCCUUGCGGCAGUCACGUCACCGCCACAUCUUCUACCGCCAGCCAUCCUGCACCUUCUCCUACUACGGUCGAGUGGGGAGCCAGCGCUACCGCCAGGCCAACGCCGCUUCUCUCAUCAAGCCGUCUCGCAGCAUGAACGACCUGUGUGAGGUGGAGGCCAGACACAGAAGAAGGCAACGACAGAGAAACCGACCCCGCAGCGGAAACACGACCUCCUCCAGCGGGGAUACGGCGAGCGAAGAGGGAGAGGUGGAGACCACGGUGCGGCUGCUGUGGCUCUCCAUGCUGAAGAUGCCUCCAGAGCUGCUGCACCUGUGCGCCUGUCACCUGCUCACCUGGUUCUCCAUCAUUGCUGAGGCCGUCUUCUUCACUGACUUCAUGGGUCAAGUCAUCUACCAUGGAGAUCCUACCGCUCCUCUUAACUCUACUUUGCUGGAGGAUUAUCACAAAGGAGUUCAGAUGGGAUGUUGGGGGCUGGUUAUAUAUGCCAUGACUGCUGCUAUAUGCUCAGCUAUCCUUCAGAAGUACCUUGAUAACUUUGACCUGAGCAUCAAGGUCAUCUACAUCUUGGGAACGCUUUCCUUCUCCAUAGGAACAGCCGUUAUGGCAGUCUUCCCUAACGUGUAUGUUUCCAUGGUGAUGAUCAGCACCAUGGGCAUAAUCUCCAUGAGUAUCUCCUAUUGUCCGUAUGCUCUGCUGGGACAGUAUCACGAAAUGAAAACGUACAUCAGGCACAGCCCCGGUAACUCCCGUAGAGGCUUCGGCAUCGACUGUGCUAUCUUAUCCUGCCAGGUGUACAUCAGUCAGAUCUUGGUGGCCUCGGCUCUGGGUGCUGUCGUGGAGGCUGUCGACAGCGUGCGCGUCAUUCCCAUGGUGGCCUCCGUGGGCUCCCUCCUCGGAUUCUUCACCGCCUUCUUCCUGGUCAUUUACCCGUCUCCAAAAUACGGGGAUGGGGAAUCAGCCAAAGCUUCCAAACGGUCCUUGACAAAGCUGGAAAAUCACAGCAGCAACAAAGAGGCUGUUACAGUUGUGGUGACAGAGAAACCCAGCUUCCUGAAACUCAACAAGAAGGGCAAGGCCACCAGCACCACCAUCGCUUCCUGUCACACAGAGAACGAGUCGGCUCUGUGAUUGGCCGGCUUACGCCGACAGACACGUUUCUGCAGAGACGACAACAUUCACUGAAAAGAUUGCCGAUGAAGACUUGAGGAUAUUACUGUUCACGUCAUGCUGGAGCUCACGGACACAAGGGAGAGAGGCGAGGGCCGUUGGUGUGGGUUUGGGCCACUCUUGGUGUCUCUACUUGCUUUUUGUUGAUUUGGUGAAGAAACCAACUACAUUUUACGUAGGACCAGUGUCACGCCAGGCCAGCAAAGCAUUCUGGUCCCAGUGCUGUUUCGGCCAUUACCGAAAUUCUUACACUUAGCUCUCAUCAACAUUUGAUCCGUCAGGGUUGUCCAGAUGUUGUUUUAAGGAGAAGUUGUCUCUGUCUCUCAGGGCCUCUAGGAGGUGUUACUGAGCAGCUGCCUGAACAAGAACAUUCAGGCGACCUGCACACGCACGUACACACACACACACACACACACAUCUUCAUCUGGUCAACACAGUCGAAUGAACACAUGAAUAAUGAACGUUGUGGAUGAAUAUUAGUCCUUGAAGCUGCAAUCAUGCAAUCAUGCAAAAAUGCUGAAAAUUGUUCUUCCUCGCCGAGGAAUCGGCUCGAUCCAAUCUGCGAUGAUGAUGCCGACGAGAUCGACAAGAGUGUGUGUGAGUGUGUGUCGGCUGAAGUUUUCACCAAAAUAAACCCAACAACACGCUUGGCUUUGCAGGACCUUUUUCAGUGUUCUGCGACUGUAGCUUUAAUACUCGAGGGCGUUUGCAAGUGGCAUUUCUGAAACUAGGAGUCCAGAGCCUGCUUCUUGGUUCGAGAAAAAUAACUCUUUAAUCCCCAGAUUGAUUGCGAGUGUGUGUGUGUGUGUGUGUGUGUGUGUGUUUUCCUCCUCCACAUGGCAAGUGUACUAACGUCUUUCACUCCGGGGCAAAGUCGACAACAGGCCCUGCUCUGACGGGGCCUGUAUAUCGAGGGUCAAGAAUACAGAUGUUUAUUCAGUGAAAUUCCAGGAAAAAAAAGAGUGCAGAUGCAAUAUGUGCAAUAUACAGGGCAUUACAAUCCCAAAUAUUACUGUCAUGAUUUAUUGAGGGCCCAGAAUGACGCUUCUGUUUGUUUUGAAUAAUCUAGGCUGACAUACCUGCUGCAUGAUAGAGGAGCAGAGAAGAGAAUAACCAAACACCAGAGAAGAAGAGGAGAGAGAUGUGGAGCUACUCUCUCUCUCUCUCUCUCCCUCUCUCUACUUUCUUGCUUAAUUUUUUUAUUUUUUAUUCUGUGAGCACAAUGUUUUUCACUAACUGCACAUUAGCUGAGCCAUUGUUUGAAAUCGUGUUAAAUAGCAUCCAGUAAAAAAAAGACUAUUUUGAAGUCCUCUCGGACACAUUGGAGCUCCUCAGUUCUCGUGGAUCCAGGGACUCUACCAGUAAUCACCAGAGUCCGGAUUUGGACACAAGAAUAUUAGAAUGUGAUAUAUUAAAAUGAAAAAAUAUGUAAUGGAAGAGAAGCUCAAUAAAUCCAUCUAGUUCAGGCUUGUUCUGUGAGCCUCGGUAAAGGAUUUCCGCUUCUGGUCUAGGGGUCUUGGUUCCACUGUACAGGGCCAAAUAUAAGUAUAAUAUAGUAUUUUAGAUUACAUAGGUGUGUUGUACGCUGAUUGGAUAUUUAGAAAAGGAUAGAGGGAUGACAGUGAAUGUGAAAUUAUUCAGCAAACAGACAUGAAAGUGCUAUUGAUCUUCUCCCAAGGCCAAAUUGUGUCUUUUAAAUGUUUGAACUUUAGCAACAUUUUAAUAUUUAAAAGUUUGGAAAGACAUGUCUUAACUUGAUCCACAAUCAGACAAUUGAGGCAGAUGAUUUUGAAUUGUGUAAAAUCACAUUUCUGCUGGUGAAAACUAAAACUUUCCAUAAACUGGAAUCAAUCCUCCUGAAAAACUACAGAAUAAUAUGAAUAAUUGACCAAAUCACAAAAAAGUGAGUGACUAAUGGUCUUUUUUUUACAAAAAAUACUUAAUUAAAUGUUGUAUCAAUCAAAACUAAACAUGUAUUAAUUCUGAAUGAUGUUGAUUGUAGACCAAUAAGGACGUUUACAAAAAAGUAAAACAGUAAGUAGUUCUAGAAAGACAGACGAAAGAUGUAAUACUUUAUUGUGUCUUUUGUUUUCUGACAAGUCAGCUGUUUUGUUGCAAUAGUGGCCUCUGCUAGUCGGCCGAGAAGAGGACCGUGAGGGUGGAGCCCUGCACCUGUCGGGGGGGGGGGGGAAGCUGUGGAAUUGAGUCCUUUUAGCUGAAACGUGCCCAUUUAAAGGAAUGUUAAUGUAAAUUGCCGUGACUUCAUUUCCUGAUGGAAGGACAUUUUAUUUUGAUGUGUAUUAGAAUAUUUAACAGAGAAGCUUAUUUAUAUUUUUGGUUUUAGAAGAUAAUUCACUCACCGAUGGUGUGGUUAUUAUAUUUUCUUUCACUUGGAUGGGUGCUGAUUCAGUUUAAUCCUGUUUCUAACAGAAUAGAUUCCUUCCAUAUGUUCAGGUACAUUCAUUCAGUCCCAGAGCAGAGUGGAGAGAGUGGAGAGAGUGGAGAGAGUGGAGAGAGUGGAGAGAGUGGAGAGAGUGGAGAGAGUGGAGAGAGUGGAAGAGAGUGGAAGAGAGUGGGAGAGAGUGGGAGAGAGUGGGAGAGAGUGGAAGAGAGUGGAAGAGAGUGGGAGAUUCCUGGGUUGACCCUGCUCUGGUUGCGGUGCUGGGACAAACACAAAAUGCAGGGAUGAGAUCAUGUCAAAAGACGAGGGGAUACAGAUGCCAGAGUUUUAAAAUUGCUUUUGUAACCACUAGGGCAAUAAAAUAAUCUGGAUUAAAUGACACACAAUGUCAGUUUAAUGAAGAUUUUAAAACAAAGCUUUGGGUUUGUGCAUGUGACAACAGCAAUAUGCAUGUGUGGAACACCAAAGUACGACUCUGUACAAAUCACUCGAGCUCUUUAUUGUGCUAACAGGUCAGGGAUGUGUUUUAUGAUGCAUGGCUGUGUGUGUGUGUGUCUUUUUGUUUGAACUUCAAUGUGUAAAGAAAAACCAACAUGUACUAUUUAAGAUGAAACAUUAUGCUUGCUCAACAAGCAUGUGACCUUUUAAAGUUGUGGCACAUUCAUGAGUAAAGUUGAAGGCAUCUCGUUUGUUCGGGCUGAGGAGGAGACGCCUCCCCGAGCCGCGCUCCUCCAUGAAAGUGUGGGUGAAAAACUCUAGGCCUCAAAUACUUGAAGUGUUUCUUUUUCAAUACAGUGGGAAGUCUUUUUUUCUCUCUUUUUUUUUCUGAAGUUCCCGAGCUUUUAGUUACCGCAGACCCUAGAAUGUUCAGCCAGCAGCACGGCCUGCUGGGAGAUUGAGUUCUUACCUGUGAUUCCAGCUUGUGACUUAAAUGUUUAAAACAAGGUCAAUGAAUGUGAGGGGAUUUCAGCAGAAAUCGUUUUUGUUUUGAUGUUCGACAAGCCUGACAUUGCACAGAACUUGCACAUGAUAAGUUAAGAUAAAAACUAAAAACAGUAGAAGUGUCUUCUAUACUUGCUGUUACGGGUGAUGUUACUGAAGCGGACUGGAUUGUGAGUGUGGGUGUGUGCAUGUGAGAGCGUGAGUGUGUGUGCGCGUCUGUGUGAGAGUGUGUGUCUGUGUGAGAGCAUGUUGUGAGAGCUUCUGUGUGUAUGUGUGAGAGCUUGUGUGUGUGUGUGUCUGUAUGUGUGAGUGAGUGUGUGUGUAAGAGCGUGUAUGCGUGUAUGCGUGUGUGUGUGUGUGUGUGCGCACAUGUUUGCAGUCGUCUCACAUAUGAAGCGUGAGGCAGGAGUGUGUUAAAAGUGUUAUCUCAGUGUUAGUUGUGGGUUCAUGUUCUCUGUUCGAUCACCUGGUUUACACUCAACUCUUGAAUCAAUGGCUGCAAUACCUGAGGUUAUUCACGAGUCUUUAUGUUCUCUGUUCUGGUGUUUUAACUCAACUAGAUUUUUUAAAAAUGUAUUUGUAUCUGAAGGCAACAGCCACACAUGAGAGUUUGGCCUUUGCACUUUUUCCGUGGCGCCCAUGUUGGCUCCACGGCCCUGAGCGGUGAAUGAAUGUGGCGACGUGGUGAAGCUGUUUCAUGUCGGCAGCGGUCAGCGACAGCAGCAGCGUGGCGGCCAUGCAGUUAGUCCAACCUGGCCAGACUCGGUGUGUGUGUGUGUGUGUGUGUGUGGCGCUCUGCCUCUGGUAAACUGUUGUUGACCGAGGAGAGAGAUGCCUAUAUACGUUGAUCCUCAUGGAGAUUAAAUCAAGAAGAAUACUUAAAGAAUGGGAAAGCGAGUAUGCGCAGUGUACUAUAUAUAAUAUGCCUUGUUAUUUGAAAAAAAUAAGAUGUAAAUAUACAUAUUUCUCUAUUAGUUUCUUCUUUUUUUUGCUGCUAUAAAAAAGAUGAUUAUUUUUGUUAGUAGUUUUGUUUUCUAUAUAAAGACUGUAUAUAUCUCUAUGUUCUGUAAAUAAGCUUGAGCCUUCACAUGUAGGACUCUGGAUGAACACUGUAUGGAACACACCUUUAAAAUCUGUUCAGAAUUAAACCAAAAA